GUUAAAGUUGUAUUGGGUAUCGGGGGCACUGUAUUUGUAUCGACUAAAAACCACCGACUCGUAUCUGAAGCACACGUAGGCCUAUAGACCCAACAAUUAGAAGCUCAGGCGUCAUUACGGCAAUUGAAUUCCGGCAACUGUGCGUUAUUUUUAAGUCGUUUGGGAAAUCGGAAAUAUGAAGUCUACGGUUCAGGGUACAGAGGCUUUAAUUGCUUUCGAAUCCGAUAAGGAAGAGAAUGCAAGUGGAUCCAGGAUCAAUGUAAGAGUAGUGCCAACUGAUGAUCAGUAUUUCCUCUUGUACUUCAUUAUGGGGACGUACUUUGCGCCUGAUCUUAAACACGACACGCCUCACAAGUCCGUCUUGCAAAGACGUGUCGAGGGUCUUGUUCCGUAUAGUCUUGACCAGCUUGCUGGUUCCCACAUUAAGGUUGUUGAAGUUGAGAGAAUAUACUACUAUGUGCUUAGAAAGGCUGAUCCGAAUGUUGUGAUGAAAUUACCUUGGUUGCAUCAGUUUUUGAACGGGACUCUUCCAACUCCACGAGAUCCUGCAGUUAAUUACUUACAGUUUAAGGAUCUCUUUCCUCCCCACUUGCAUCCUCAGUCGUGGCUUAAAGAUAAAUAUAAAAUUAUUGGGAAUAUUGUGUUUAUUAACAAACCAGAAACCUCUUGCAUGGAGCCACGAGAUAUUGAAAGGUUUAAGAGACUAACUGGGCUGAAAGAUUUUCAUCUGGAUAGGGAUAGUGCGAGGUCUCAUGCUUUUGUGGAUGGUAAAAUUCAAUAUAAUAUGGGAAUGCUGGAGGUCGACUGCAACGGAGAGUUACCUCAAACUAGAUCAUCUGGUGCUCCUCGGAAAACUAAAAAUCCAAAUGAAUUGACUAUGCCCAAAGAAACUAAUCAACACGAUGUGAAAUUUGUGGAUAUUAUAGAUCAACACAGUAGCCCACCUGUCGAUGGCGAUAAACCAACCAUCUCCAGUUCCGAAUGUAAUGGCACACCUUCGUUAUUCGGUAAUGUGGACAGCAGUUCUGAGGAGAACUUUGGUCCAGGAAUGAUAUUUCUUCCCUCGCACCCAACGAGGGAAGAGUUGAGUAACAUGACAGCUGCCACAAAUAAGGGGACCGCAAUAACUGGCAGUGCAGCAAGGGGGAGAAUUGGACCAGCUUUAGGGCUCAUAGAUAUUGGAGAAUGUGAGGACUCCUACCUGUUCAGAGUAUCUCUUCCUGGAGUCAAAAGGGAUGAAAGAGAAUUCAUCUGUGAAAUUGAAGAUGAUGGUAAAGUAUUAAUCAGGGGUGUGACGGUCACUGGGGAGAAAACUGUUUCCAUGUUUUCUCAGACAUUUGAAAUGCAGUCUCAGAAUCUCUGUCCGCCAGGAAACUUCUCUAUCUUUUUCAAGCUCCCUGGUCCCGUUGAUUCUCAGCAGUUUUCUGGAAAUUUUGGAACUGAUGGAAUUCUGGAAGGAAUUGUGAUGAAAGAGGGACACAACUCAUGGUAGCUUUGUAGAACCCUAUGUUCCUGAUCGAAAACCUUGUAACGUUUGGUUUAUCUGUAGUGUUAAACUAUGUCCAAACUUUGUAAACUCCUAUCUUAUGGUUUGUCUUUGUAAAUAUUCUGCUCAACAAUCCAAACCCCGAGUCAUCUGGGUUUAGUUUUCU